AUGAGGAUUACACGUUACAACGGAAAUGCAGAUGAGUGCCGAUCACGGCGCGCGUGGGAGUGUGGGCAAGUGCGUGCACCUGUACGCCGUGGGAACCGAUCCUGGAGGUUGGCCUCCCAAGUCUACUUGAUUGCAUCAAUGGGACUACAAGCACUCUGGAGCUUGGGACUUGCGUGUCUUGAUGGCUAUGCUUUGAGAAUGAAGAAGGAACUCAACAGUGCUGUUCUCGUGAGCUUAUUUGUUGUUGGAGAUUGGGUAACGUCGAUCCUGUCAUUCGCCGCUUCAUGCUCUGCAGGAGGCGUCGUUGUUCUCUUCGACAAGGAUGCGUACUUCUGCAGCAGGGACCCGCAUCUCCCGUGUGGGACAUUUGAGCUCGCGACCGCGUUUGCAUUCCUUUCCUGGGCGCUUAGUGCCACAUCUGCCCUUGUGAUGUUUUGGCUCCUCGCUUCAUCUUGA